AGUAUGUUCUAGUUCAGCUAGUUUCUGUUAAAUCUGACUUUUUUUAAUUGCUGGGAUAGUGAAAUCUGAGGGGUAGAAUUUUUAUGGGUUUUGGGUAUUUAAGAAGCUCUCGGUCUCCUCGUUUCCCCGUAAGAGAAGUCGUAGUUUCUUUUUCUCUUCUGAGAUCUACUGCUUCCAGCUAUCUAUUCCCGUUUUUUGUAUUCUCUUUUUAGAUCUUUCGGAAGUAAACCAGAGGGAGCAAAAGAAGGUUAUCAAUUAAAAUUGAAAAUGGUGAAGAUCUGUUGCAUUGGAGCUGGGUAUGUCGGUGGACCUACCAUGGCUGUCAUAGCACUCAAGUGCCCUUCUAUUGAAGUGGCUGUUGUGGAUAUAUCAAUCCCUCGUAUCAAUGCCUGGAAUAGCGACCAGCUCCCCAUCUAUGAGCCAGGCCUGGAAGAUGUGGUGAAGCAGUGCAGAGGGAGAAACCUUUUCUUCAGCACUGAUGUAGAAAAGCAUGUAAGCGAGGCAGAUAUUAUUUUUGUAUCUGUGAACACCCCAACCAAGACACAGGGCCUUGGUGCAGGCAAAGCUGCUGAUCUGACCUACUGGGAGAGUGCAGCACGCAUGAUAGCUGAUGUAUCAAAAUCCAACAAGAUUGUAGUUGAGAAAUCAACAGUCCCAGUGAGAACAGCUGAGGCAAUUGAGAAGAUUUUGACCCACAACAGUAAGGGCAUCAACUUCCAAAUUCUGUCAAACCCAGAAUUCCUUGCUGAGGGGACUGCCAUCCAAGACCUCCUCAAACCUGACAGGGUGCUCAUUGGAGGCCGGGAGACCCCCAAUGGCCAGAAAGCAAUCCAAGCGUUGAAGGAUGUAUAUGCCCAUUGGGUGCCUGAAGACCGAAUUAUAGCUACCAACCUAUGGUCAGCAGAGCUUUCCAAGCUUGCUGCAAAUGCCUUCCUGGCCCAGAGGAUCUCAUCUGUCAAUGCCAUGUCUGCACUCUGUGAGGCAACUGGUGCAGAUGUUACCCAGGUGUCCCAUGCUGUUGGUAAGGACUCUAGGAUUGGGCCCAAGUUCCUCAGUGCCAGUGUUGGCUUUGGUGGGUCUUGCUUCCAGAAGGACAUCCUGAACCUGGUCUACAUCUGUGAAUGCAAUGGCCUCCCUGAAGUAGCAAACUACUGGAAACAGGUCAUCAAGGUGAACGACUACCAGAAGAACCGUUUUGUCAACCGGGUUGUCUCUUCCAUGUUCAACACAGUCUCAGGCAAGAAGAUUGCUAUUCUUGGGUUUGCAUUCAAGAAGGACACAGGUGACACAAGGGAGACCCCUACCAUUGAUGUGUGUAAAGGGCUCUUGGGGGACAAGGCCCGCUUGAGCAUUUAUGAUCCUCAGGUCAAUGAGGACCAGAUCCAAAGGGACCUCUCAAUGAACAAGUUUGACUGGGAUCACCCACUUCACCUCCAGCCCCUCAGCCCCACCGCAGUGAAGCAAGUGAAUGUUGUUUGGGAUGCAUACGAGGCAACCAAGGAUGCUCAUGGUGUCUGCAUUUUGACAGAGUGGGAUGAGUUUAAGACGCUUGAUUACCAGAGGAUAUAUGAUAACAUGCGGAAACCAGCAUUUGUGUUUGAUGGCAGGAACAUUAUUAAUGUGGACAAGCUGAGAGAGAUUGGUUUCAUUGUGUACUCCAUAGGGAAGCCCUUGGAUCCAUGGCUCAAGGACAUGCCUGCUGUGGCGUAGAAUACAAGUAUGGAUUGAACACGGCUUGCACUGAUCACUCGGAACUGAGAUUUGAGGAAGAAAGUUUCAUUCUUCAAUUUUUCUUUUGAACUGAGAUUUGAGGAAGAAAGUUUCAUUCUUCAAUUUUUCUUUUCUUUUUACUCCUUAUUCUGUUUAUUGCUAUUAGUCUUGGUUGAUGUUGUUUCUUACCGGUUCAUAUUAGGUUGUGUUUGGUACCAUUGCUACUUCUACCUCCAAUGUUUGAUAUUGGGGUUGGGCAAUAGGAUAUUUUUUUAUAUCAUUGCUGCUGCUUCAUGAAUUUGAGUUUCCACUAUAAAUGCCAAUUUUUUAGUGGAAGUGGUUAUUUAAUGCAAUGUGACAAGACCCCAAAUAGAUGAGUAGAAAUGGCAAUGGUACCAAACACAGCUCUAAUUAAAAACUAGGGCUUAUUCCAUCUUAUGGAAAUCAAUUAAGAGGCUCUCUAUGUUGCCUUACAAUGUAUUCCGUGACCUGAGAUGAUCAAUUUCUUCUUUUUACUUGGCUUAAUAAGCCGUUAUAAAUGAAUUCAUUGAAACUUUAGAAA